CCUCUACCCAGUACAGAACCCGGCACCAGAUUGUCCAUCGACUGCGACCUCGCUAUGGCUGAUAAUUUAAGACCCGAUUCCCUUACAAAGUCCCCUGUUGACGACGAGGAUGGCCAACGCGGAGAGCUCGGUCGACCGAAGAAUGGGAGGAUGACUCUGACACGGCUUCGUGCCAGUUAUCAUGGAGCGCUCAUAUUCAACCUCGCAUCCUUCUUGAUACCAGCUGUAUAUAGCACGCUUUCGAAGAUGUGGGUGGCCAACAUUGAUGCAUCGCUAGUAUCCACGACGGACGCAUACACCUACUUCUCUUGUGUUGUAGAGGUUUUGAAUGAAGGUCUUCCCCGUGCAGCAUGGUCCACCAUCGGAAGUGGAGACACGACCCGCGAUUCCUCGACUCAACUUCUAGACAGGCUGUCUCUGACUUACACGCUGAUUUCGGUACAGUCGUGCCUUGGAACACUUCUGUCCAUCAUAUUCCUCUUUGGCGCCCCCGGAUUCGCCGCUUCUUACGUUCCUGGAAAGACACGCGCUACAUCUGUCGUGUACCUUCGAAUCCUAGCAUUCGAUUCAUUGGCAAGCACACUCAAUACGGCAGUGAGCUUGGGGACGCGCGCUUUGGAUAAGCCCGAUGUCCCGCUCUUGAUGUCUACAGUGCAGACUUUGAUCCAGAUCUUCCUGGAACUUGCAUUGGUAUCAACGGUUCAUGUGAAGGGAUUCACACCAACCAUUCAUACUGUUGCCAUUAUCAAGCUCGUUUGCGAUCUCGCAGGCGCUGUCGCUGGCCUAGUCUACUUCUUGUACCUCGUCAGGACAACAAGCACCCGGAACGGCAUUGACACACGUGGUUUGAAAUGGUUCAACCGACAUUCACUAAUGAGGCUCGUACGUCCCGGGAGGUGGACGUUCACGGAGAGUGCGGUCAGGAACGCGAUAUAUCUAUGGCAGAUUCAUGGUGUUGUUUCGAUGGGUCAGGCAUACGCGACCGCCUGGGGCGUCUUCAACACGAUUAGAUGGGGAUUAAUCAUGGUCCCCGUCAAUGCACUCGAGGCGACAUCGAACGCGUUUGUAGGUCAUCGAUGGGGUAUAUAUCAGCACGCGAGAUCACUGCCUUCACCGGCGUCAUGGUCUGAUAUCAGGUUCAUAACCGCACCAGCACGCCGCUCGGUUGCGAUAGCGCUCCUCGUUGAAGUUCCCAUGUGUAUAGCUCUCUCGAUCCACGGAGCAGGGCCAUUUGCAAAGUACCUGUCUAAUUCGGACGAGGUGGCAGAUAUUACGGCAAUGAUGUGGAGAAGCAUCGAUUGGUGUUAUAUCUGCUACGCCGUCUCAACACAACUAGCAACGAUUUUGUUGGCGACUCAGACCAAGUGGUAUCUAUGCCAAAGUCUUGUUGCCAACAUAUUCUAUUGCCUCCCAUGGGCCAUCGCACUGCCGCUCAUUGGGAUAACACCAGAUACGGCGUGGAAUUAUCAGAAAUGGGUCUUUGGUGGAAGUCUCGUUGUCAGCCUUGGAAUCAUCAUUGUUGUGGAUAGUAUCUGGGUAAUUCGGCUGCGUGGAUGGAAAGUACGAGGAUCUUGAACAUAUCACCUAGGUGAGGGUCACUUAACGUCGUUGACACCGCCAUCAUAGGCCAGCUUGCGACUAGAACUACUCCGUAGAUAGGAUGUCGAGUUCAAGGAUUCAGUCUCAUGCAAGUGGUGUCUUAGUGUAUCUCUGUAACGUGAUGACACAGUGCUUUUGAAAUACCUGAUAUUACUGGUAGUAGAUUGGUUCCAGCGAGAAUUCUACAGUGCAU